AUGGAAAACAAAGAGAAAAGUUCACCACAACCUAGUCACAACUUGUUUGAUAAUGCUGCUGCUAGCAGCUUAUUGGGUGUUUCACCAUUCGGCAUGCCUUAUGCCCACCUGCCCGGCACCUUCUCCCUCCUGGGCCACUAUCCCUCCUUUCCUGUCUCCUCCCUAUUUGGGGAACUGGGGGAGAGGGGUCUAGCCAGCCUCCCACCUGAAUUAUCAGGAAAGCUUAGUUCUUCCAGUAAAUCACAUUCCUCAUCUCCCUCCAAAGACACACCAAAAUCCUCACCAAAAACCAUCACCAAGGCCACCACUACCAUAGCAACCACAACUAGCACCAGCUUCAGCAACAGCACCAGCAGCAGAAAAACCAGCACCACGGUAACUAGUGGUGGGGAGAGUCUGUUAUCAGGAAAAAACCUGCUGGCUGGGCGCUCUCUGUUGGCAGGCAAUAGGCUGCUGGCUGAGAAGCUCAAGAAAUCAAAGUUGCCAUCUGCUACCUCACCAUGUCAUACAGAAACCAAUGGCACAACAUCAUCAUCUGAAUCUCCACGUCUGAUGAGUCCAAAAAGAAAGCAUGCAACGGAGGAACAGGUGUUUGAAAAUGGAGACCAUCAUCCAAGUGAAGAAGACCAUUCAGAGGAGGAAUCUGUUGCAAAUAAAUCUGUUGUCAAUGGAAACCAAGAGGAGGAGGAAGAAGUGAUUGAUCAUGAAUCUGAGAGCUCCAGAAAGAACAGUCAGCCUCCCUCCAUACACAUUGAUGGACUAAAGAAGAAGUUAAUAGCUGAUCAGAUACGACAGAGGGUACAGAAUAAACCCAUCAAGAGUAUCCGGCCAUCCAUCAUGCAGCCAAUGAAGCGUGGCAGAGGAAGACCUCCAAAGCAGGCACAGGCAGAAACUGAGGAAGAUCCAAAAGAUGCUGAACAUUUAAAGGCACAACUGAAUGCUACUCUGCUGAAACAAGAACUCCAGCUGAAGAAACUGAGAGAGAAGCAUGAGAAAGAACAGGAAGCCUUAUUACAGAAGAACAAAAAUGACCUUAAAGUACAGCUGGAAGCGAACCUUAGAAUUCAACAGAUGGAACACAAACUGAUGAAGAAACAAAAACAACAGGAGAUAGAUCUGGCUCUACUGUAUCAAAAGAAACAACAAGAACUUUUGAAGCAGGGAGCAAAAGACAAACUAAAAUACCAACAAGAAAAGAGUGAACAAAAGAAAAAAGAACUGGAGGACCAGAAAAAGAAGGAGAUUGAGACGACACUGAAAGUUCAGCAGCUCCUGAAAAUGUCAGAGAAUGAACGAAAAGCUCGAGCAAGUGGUGAAAAACCCAACAAGGGACGUCCCUCAGCCUCCCUGAAAAUCAAUCAGCUGCUACAAGAGAAGAGAAAUGAAGGGGCUUUGAAGUCAGAGUCUGUGCCCAGUAACCAGAUGACUGUGGACGAGAAACUGGAGGCCAAAGUCCGAGCCAUGUUGGAAGAAGAGAAUUCCAACGACUCGGGAUCUGGAGAAUCCACAGGUUCAGAGAGCGAGAACGAGAACCAAACAGGCAUGGACUCAAUGAGUGAGAUCUCAGACUCAACUAAUGAUCACCAUGGUCACAGUUUUGAGGCAGGGAGCUCAGCUUCUAAAAGGAGUGCUGAUGAAAUGUCAGAGGGAGGAACCUCACCUACCAAGAAGCCUCGUGUCCAGAUGGAUGAGGCAGCCUUACAAAUCCCUCUUGAUAAUGGCUUCAGACGCACAACCACUAUCCAUGCUAUCGGCAAGAGGGGGUUCAUUGGGGAAGUUCUUUACUAUGGGCCUUGUGGAAAGAAAAUGAAAACUAUUCCUGAUGUCAUGAGGUAUCUUGAAAGGAACAAUAUUAAAGAGUUUGGAAGAGAAAAUUUCUCCUUCAACACAAGGGUAAAAGUUGGACAAUUCUUUGAAGGACAAGCAGGGACUGCAGAGAUUGUGAAGUUGAAUGAUGAGCAGGUGAAUCAGAGGAUGGCCCUGAUUGAGAGUAAGAGACAGAAGUUACUGAAGAUCAAACAGAUGAAAGGGAGCAGACGGCAGGAAAAACAGAACAAACAGAUUCAACUAGCCAAGCAGAUGAUGGAGCAGAAACUCAAAAAACGGAUGGAACAACAAGAGAUGGCCAAACGUGCUGCUGAAUUCAAGCUACAGAAGAAAGCAGAGAAACAGAAACAGAGAGAUACAGUCCAUAAAAUCAAGGAACUACGAGGUAGUGACCCUCCCGAACCUCCCUCCACAUCUUCUACUGACUGGCAAUCACAGAUGUAUUGCCUUCCUGACAACAUCCUGUCAUGUGACCCCAGUGCCUCAGCUGUUGAAAAGAAGAAGCAGAAGGAGCAGUUACGGGCCUUGAGAGAACAGGAGAAACAGCAGAGACAGGAACAAAUGAGACUUGAGCGUGAGAUGCGAGCUCAACAGAUUCUGGAGUCAAACCUUUUAUGGUAUCAUCUUGAAAGAGAAAGGGAAAUGAAAAGGCACCAAGCCAUCAUAGUCAAGGAACAGGAGAGAGAGCGUAAACGACAUCAUUUCAUGUUGGUGAAAGCAAUAGAGCAACAAAAGAAACAGGCAAAAGAUAAAUUGAAAGAGGACAGAAUGAUGGAAAAGAGGUUACACAGAGAGAAAAAGAUGGAACAGAGACGCCUGGAGUUACAGCUAGCAAGAGAGCUGAAGAAACCUGUGGAGGACAUGGAGUUGAAGGACCAUAGGGCAUUGCCUGACUUUGGGAGAAUUCCUGGAUGUAAAUUGGAUGCUGUGGCCUUCGGGGAUAUUUUGAUGGUUUUGGAGUUUGUUCAUAAUUUCAAGGAUGCUUUAGGUUUUGAUGAAGAUACCCUACCCACUCUUAAAUCCCUCCAGGAUCAAGUGAUGUUUGCCACAGAGGAAGAUGGGGAGAACUAUAUGGCCUUGACCUGCCACCUGUUGAAGUAUGCUGUACGGGAACCUGGGGUACCCAACCCUAGAGAAGCUACCACUUGCCUUGGUCAGAAAAUAGCAGAUGUCCCCAUCACUGAAUCUGUGGUGUCUGAGAUUCUGAAGAUUUUUAUCAUUGCUAGGAAUGGAAAACCAAAUGAAAUGAGUGAUUGGUUGAGUUCUAAACCACUAGAAUCCCUGACCACAUCUCAGAAAGCCUCAGUGUUAGCAUUCCUUGUCAAUGAAUUGCUGUGUGGAAGACACAUUGUCUUGGAGAUAGAAAAGCAGCUGGAACACAUGGGUGAGAUACGUAGAGACAAGUGGGUUGUGGAAGGAAAACUCAGAAGACUGAAGGCUGUUCACAAUAAGAAGUUUAAGAGUGUUCCCAAGCCUCCACCACUAGACAGUGAAAGUACAUCUCAGAUGACCAGCAAGAAAGGGAGCGAUGAAGAAGACGAAAAAGAAGAAGAGAGUGGGAAUGAAAGUGGAGGGGAGGAUCAAACGGGGGCGAAUGAGGCAGAUGGAGAGGAUGAAGAGCCAACAUCAUAUGAGGAAUGUGAAAAAGAAAUUGAAAAACUUCAGAAGCAACAUGCUCAGUACCGUGCAAAAGUGUUCAAGGCUUCACAUAAGGUUCGUGCAAUAUCCCUGGGUCAGGAUCGUUACAAACGUCGCUACUGGGUGCUGCCUACAGCAGGGGGUGUGUAUAUUGAGGGGCAGGAGUCAGGGUACUUUGAUGAAGAAAUUCAAAGUAGCUGCAUGAAUGAGGAAGUGAAAACGGAAGUAAAAGUUGAAGUGAAACAAGAAGUGAAAGAGGAAGUGAAGGAAGAAGUGAAAGAGGAAGUAAAGGUAGAACCUGUUGAAGUGAAAACAGAAGUCAAAGAGGAAGUGAAAGAAAGGAAGGACAUAUUGAAGAUUCCUGUGUACAAGAAAGAAAUAAGAAAUGAAUGUGAUGUGCAGAAUGUGAUAAAAUCAGAAGGAUUCAUCCCAGAAAAGUGUGAUUCCAAUCAAAAUUCCAGUAAAUCUGACCAAACCUUAACUAGGCCAUCGGAAAACAUAUCAAACUCUGUCAAAACAGAAAACUCAGUGCCCAAGUGUAAUGGAGAAGAUUUCUCAUUCCCAUCUACCUCCAGGUGCAAUAGUGCAAUUAGUGAAAGCUCGGACACAAAUUCACAUCUACAAAAUGGUUCCAGUAGCCAGCCUGGUCAUUCAAGCUCUAAGUCAGACAGUGACAUUAAACCCAUCAUCAGUAGUGCUCAUGCCUCCCCAUUGAUAUCCCCUUAUCCAGCUGCCCCCUCCCCAUUCUUCUCACCACCCAUCUCAGGGGCCAGUCCCUCACUGCUUGGUGGUAUGUCAUUGUCAUCUGCAUCUUCAUCCACAUUAUCAUCCACACCACUGCCAGCUCAUCAACAACCAAAGUCCUCUACACCAUCUUCAGCUGAUGCCAAGCAUAACUUCCUCAGCAUAGACUCCUUACUGAAAAAGGACAGUACUUCUACUAGUGCAUCACCCUCCAGCAAAAGCAGUCUCUUCCCGUCCCCAAUGUUUCCUUUGGUUCCGAUGACCCCAGAUCAGAUGAUUAAGUCAUUCAGUGAGAAUUCUAGCCAGAAGCCCUGGUUCAGCAUUCUGCCAAGACUUCCGUGUGAUGAUUUGUCCAUGACACAUGGGUCUUCCCAGAUGUCAAUCCUACCUAGUCCGUUCCAGAACUCAUUUUUAUCACCACUUUCAUUCAGUUCUUUUCCUGUUCAGAGCCCAUCGUUCUCAUCUUUCAAUGUGUCACAAUUGUUUGGAACCUCCGAUGUUAGUGGCAUGUCUCUCAACUCUACAGCACAGUCCAGUGUCAAUGACUCAUUCAAGAUUCCAAACACCCCAAGGUCAGAAACGGUCACCCCAGCCACCAGUAUUCUGGAACAGAAUGAAUCCCUCCUUUCAGAAUUACAAGGAGAAGCACAACCCAUUCCUGAAGAGGUCCAGAAAGGAUGGUGGAAGAUUUCUGAGGAGAGGCAAGUGCAAAUAGUCCACAGGAAUCUUCAUCCACGGGGAAUCCGAGAGAAAUCCCUCCAAAAGUCACUCCAGAAAUGUCUAGAACAUGCCUGCUCCUCCUGUAAACAAGACAACAAAGAGGUGUACAGCAUGGUGUCUGACACAAGUGAUGAUGAGGAGAAAGAGGACAAGACGGAGGAGAUACAGAAGAAUGAGAAAGAGGAGAAAAAGGAUGAGGACAUGAAGUCCUCAGAGGACACCUCAUCAGAAAAGAAAGAUGAAGAAGAGAACACGGAGGUAGAGACAUCCAUUGAUCCGGAGGAAGAGAAGAUUCGAUUGGCUGAUCUCAGUCACCAGGUGGAGCUUCAGGCAUUGGAGGAAGUAGAGAAUCUAGAGGAGAGGAUUGCUUCAGCCAGCCUUCAGGUCAAGGGUUGGAAAGUUCCUCAGAGGAUCUCCGAUGAGGGUAACAUUACACUGGUAGACAGGUUUAACCAUGAGAAGCUGGGACCAAAUGAGAAAUACCCACUUGAUGCAGCCAUAGAGAAACUGGCUCAGCUAGAACCCAACAUAGAAAGACGCUACCUCAAACCUCCACUGUGUAAGCAGGUUCAGAUCAACCUGGCCAACAUGACAGCUAACACGAGCCAGAAUGAUGAUGAGGAAGAUGAGGAGGGUAAGCCAUCUGACCCCGUCCAGAUAUCCCAGGGACUGAUGUUGUGGAGGAAUGCCGUGACCAAGGCCUCCAGCCCCGCCCAACUGUCUCUGUGUGUGUCCCUACUCAACAAGUCCAUAUCCUGGGAAAAGUCCAUAAUGAAAGUGCUGUGUCAGUUAUGUCGUCGAGAUGAUAACGAGGCUCAGCUUCUCCUCUGUGACGGUUGUGAUCGUGGGUACCACACCUACUGCUUCAAGCCAAAGAUGGAAAAUAUUCCAGAGGGAGACUGGUACUGUUAUGAAUGCAUAUCAAAGGCCACUGGUGAGCCAUGCUGUGUGGUAUGUGGUAAAAGAAUGGGGAGGAUUGUGGAGUGCGAUAUGUGUCCCCGUGCCAUUCACCUUGACUGCUUAGAUCCACCCCUACCUCGCAUGCCUAGGAAAUGGGUGUGUCCGGCUUGUGCAGUCAACCAGGGUCAAAAGGGAAAAGGAAGGAAAAGUCCCAAAAAGAAAACUAAAGAUAACAACACAUCUGGGAGAGAGAGAAAGGAUUCAGAUGCUGGGAGUAGAUCAGCUAUGGAGAGUACUCCUUCAGAGAAGCCGGAGAAGAAAAGAGGGAAGGAUCUGGAGAAAAAGAGACAGGCUGCCGAGCACUCUGAGGACAUGACUGUUUGCAGGCUGAUUUUGACGGAGAUGGACAAACACGAUGAAGGAUGGCCUUUCCUAAAACCCGUCAAUUUCAAACAAUUCCCAGCAUACAAGAAGUACAUCCGACAACCAAUGGACUUUGCCACCAUGAAAAACAAACUCAGGGACAACCAGUACAAAACUCGUGGUGACUUUGCAGCAGAUGUCAGACUGAUAUUUAAUAACUGUCAGACAUUCAAUGAAGAUGAUUCCGAGGUGGGACGCGCCGGACAUAACAUGAGGAAGUUUUUUGAAGCUCGGUGGAAACAGCUGAUGUUAUCCACAUCUCCUUCUCCGUCGUCAACCAGUAACGAGGAAAAAAUGGAGGAGAGUGGGGACUGAUUAAAUGUCGUCACAACCAUUCAUUUUAUUUAUUCCUUUUUUAAGAAA